AUGACUGGAAAUGAUUAUAAAGAUAUAAUACUUGAAAUAAGAGGUCAGAUUGGCACAAUCAGGCUCAAUCGUCCCAAGAGCUUGAACUCCUUCGGUGGAGACCUAAUGACGGAGACUAUCUCAGCCCUGCGCAUCCUCAACGAGCAUCCUGACACAAUCAUUACCGUCCUCACCGGCGAGGGACGCUUCUUCUCAGCAGGUGCCGACAUGCGCACCAUCAACAUGAAUCCCAGUGUCAAUGGGAAUGGUGGUAUAGGCGAGCAGCAACAAGAACAAGCUCAGAGUGCUAGAAAGAAGAUAGCUUACAUGUCACUGUUCGCAGCUCAUAUUGAAAUGCUCCGCUCCAUCAUCGAUCACCGCAAAGUUUUCGUGCUCGCCCUGAACGGGCCGGGCGUUGGGGGUGGUGCGGCCUGGUUCACCGGAGUCGCCGAUAUUGUGCUAGCCUCAGCCGACUGUUAUUUACAGGUACCCUUUUCGGCCCUAGGCUUGGUACCCGAAUUAGGAAGUGCUCCGAUUUUUGCGCAGAGCAUGGGCGUGCAUCGUGCCAGCGAAUUUCUGAUGUUCGGACAACGACUCGAUGCUCGCGAGCUUAAAGCUGCCGGCCUAGUAAAUCGCAUCUUUCCCGUCGAAGACUUCCAAAAUGAAAUUCUCACAUAUCUCAGCUCGGUGCUGGAGGCUAGUGAUGGUCGUAGUUUGAUGGAGGCCAAACGCUUGAUUAACCGGCCAUUAAGAGAAGGGCGCCUCGUAGCAGUAAUGGAUUCUGUUGAUGCGUUAGCAGAAAGAUUUGUGGAGGGUGCGCCAAAAGAAAGAUUCGAAUUGAAAAGAAAAGAACUAGAAGAGAAAUCUAGAAGACGAUCUUCAAAAUUAUGA